AACGCCUCAACCUUGUCCUCCGCCACUAGCUCGGACCUCAAUUCUUUGUGCACACCGCGUCCGUAUUGGGCCCUCUGACUCAUAGCAUGUCUGUGAUGUCCUUCCUCCGCUUUGCCAAGGCUGCGCGCAGCCCGUUCGCGCCGACAGGCCUGGGGUCCGUGCGGACGGCCACGAAACGUGCUGGAGGGAGCACAAACAACCAUGGUGGCUCGCCAGGGAAGCGGCUAGGCGUCAAGAAGUUCUCAGAUGAGUUUGUCGUGCCAGGCAACAUCCUCGUGCGGCAGCGAGGCACCCAGUUCCACCCUGGGCAACACGUGGGAAUGGGCCGCGACCACACGUUGUUUGCGCUCGUCCCGGGGUACGUGCGAUUCUAUAAGGAGACGCGCAUGCGUAGCGAACGCAAGUUUAUCGGCAUCGUGCUGGAGAGGGGUGAAAAGCUGCCGAGAGACGUGGCGACACUGGGGCGCAGCCGGUAUUUCGGUUUCGUGAACCUCAAUGCACCUGCGUCUGCGGAGCAGGAUGCGCCGGCACGGACUGCUGCUUGACACACUCCACGGCUCUCAGUGUAACGUAUCUCCACGGUUGCACAUAUUGCAUGUUUGCGUCACUAAUAUACAAAAACGCACUAUCUACAUGAU